CAUGCUGCUGGUGUGGUUGUGAUUCUGCUGCAGAAGGAAAGCAUUUUUGUGUCUGCACUGUGCCAGUGGCCUAAGCUCGGUACAGUACAGUUUCCAGAAGGCCAUGGUUCAUGGCUCUUGCUUCACCGUUCCGCGAGAGCAACUCGUCUUUCGUGCAUCAAUUGCACGAGUGUGCGACCUUGUUAUCUAGCUUCUUAUGCAUGCUUAGAAUAAUUGAUUCCCAAAAUGUCACCUAGUUUGAGUCUUUAGGAAGGAUUGUGCUCUCCUACGGGCUAUUGAAGUACCUACCGAUUUCGACUGACGUUAAUUCUGGUCUCCUUUCGCGUCCCGCUCACGCCAUCCGCGAUAGUAUGUACAUCUCCAAGAAUGAGCAGAUCCGUUUUGCUUCUAGCCGCCGUUUCCUCGGGGUCGGCUAGCCUCGGCGUUACCAGCAAUUACCAGGGGAAAGAAUCGGGUGUGUAGUCUCGCACGCUUCAUAAUCGGGGAAUCAUGAGCGGCGUUUCGCACGCUUCGCCUAGCCACGGCGUGCUGAUGUCUAACGGAUCCGAGCCCAGCAGGCGGAAUGGAACCGUCGGAGCGUCUCCCGUUAAACUGGCUAAGGCGUUUGAUUCAGGGUUGAAUGGGCAGACCGGUGAUGGUGUACAACCUAGCGUGCUUAUAAGGAGCGGCGGUAAAGAUUCCGAUGGCGGGAAAGGCCGAAUGUUCAGGAAGUCGAGUUCCGUCGCCGCUGAGACCGAUCCAACAUCGCGACAAAAGUUGCAGGGGACGUCGCAGUCGCAGGCUCAGUCGCAGCUCCUGUCGCAGGCGGCGUCGCACCUGUCGUCGCAGGUCCAGCCGCAGUCGCACAUCGACGCUACGGACGGCAGCAGAUUACUGUCGCAGGCGUCUGGGCUAAGACUGGCGGAGCUCUACGCAUUGGCGAUGCAGCAGAAGCAGGAAGCCCAGGGGGAAAUAAACGGGAACAGCGAGCCUGGUCGUGGGGAUGACGUUGCGAGAAAGCCAGGGGAUUUGUACAGUAAUGACCUAGAGAUGGGUGCGAAUGGGGUUGAUACGAGACUGGCGGCUUCUGGACAGGCGCUUGGGGAGCAGAAGGUAAUCUCGAGGCAGCAGCAGCAGCAGCAGCAAACGCAGCAGUCGCAGCAGCAGCAGCAGCAGCAGCACCAGCGGCGGCGUUCCCCUUCGCCAUUGCGUCGGCAGGAGGCUCGGGGGGAUAUGUCAGUGCUGGCCGACGCACAACUUACGGACGGGCGGAAAGGCGGAGUAGGGGCGCCUGAACAAGCCGCAGCAGCAGCAGCAGCAGCAGCAGCUGCGGAAGAGAUGGCACGGGCCGAUUCAGCAGGCGGUUCAGCAGCAGCAGGCAGAGCAGGUGCAGGCUUUCCCAGCGCUGCCAGCAUAGGGGACGUGGUUCCAGAGGCCGAUCGUAGAUCAUCAAGCAGGGCAGCAGGGGCAGCAGGGGCAGCAAGGGCAGCAGGAGUAGCAGGGGUAGCAGUAGGCGAAGGAGGCACAGGGGGAGGCAGUGAAGGGGUUGCAUCAGGCGGGGAGGUGUAUAAAGAGGUGGAGAUGGUGGUAGACAAGGGGCGUUCGCACCUGUUAUCGGAAGCAGCACGCGCGAAGCACGACGCGGCGAGGCUGAGAGCCGACAUCUGGCACAUGUGGCGCGAGGUGGCGCGGGCUAGAGAGGACGUGGCACGGGCGCGGGAAGAGGGGGCGAGAAUGGCGGAGAAAGCGGCAGGGUCGUUGGAGCAGGCCGCCGUGGCGUUAGAGCUUGCUGCAGCCUGCGAGCAGGCAGUAGGGGCUUGCACGGGGGGAGAAGGGGAAGCAAACGCUGCCGUUCGCGUGGUUGUGAGAAUUGAUGGUGCUGUGGGCGCUGGGGCGUUUGGGGGGGGGGCAGCAGGUAUGGGUGGUAUGGGUGUUGCCUCCACUCCCUCGUCUGCAGCCUCCUCCCCCCGCUCCAUCCACGCUGAAUCGUCCGGUUCCGCCGUACGUGGCUCGUUGGUUCGGGGCUCCCGAGCCUUCCCAUCCGUGGUGCCUAUCCGAGUGCCCUCGCGCUUGACUGGAGCACAGGCUUGGACCAUGCCUCGUAGUGCCACCUCUACCCCUAACAAACCCUCUGCUUCGGCCUUGCCCCCACCAUCCCCGAACACUCUCCGAAAGAAACUGUCUAUAUGGGGUGCUACCUCUGGUACUUCAGCCAACGCCACCGCCACCAGUACAGCGGCUGCUGGAGGGUCAGCAAGCGUGGGUGGUGGUGUUGCUGCUGCUGCUGCUGCUGCUGCAAGCGCUAGUGCUGACGCGGCUCUUGGGUCGGACUCCCCCUUUGGGGGGUUCCCUCUGGGAUCAGGAAGCGGGGGCAGCGGUGUUGGCUUGGGGAGCGGGCCUGGGAGCAACAGCAGCAGGCCGGGGAGUGCUUCCAGUCGGCCUGGCAGCGGGAGAAUCAGAGUGCGUGCAGGGGGUGGUAGUUUCGGUAGUGGAGGUAUGGGGAGUGGGAGUGAGGGUGCUGAGAGGGCGUUUUUGACAUCCCAGCAGCAGCAGCAGCAGCAGCAAGCGCAGCAGGUGCUGGUGGUUCACCAUAGGCCUCAGCCGCAGCAGCAGCACCAGCAGCAGCAGCUUCUGCGGCUGCAGCAGCAGCAGCAGCUGGGAAGCAGCAUACCUGCUGUUCAGGCUUGGCCGAGCCACAAGAGGCCCGGAAGUUGCGACGGCUAUAUCUCCUCCAAUCAGACAUCGCCACGUGCUGAUUCAGUGGCAGACAUAGGAGACUCGGACGGAAGUGAUGACAGGGGAUUGGAAGGUUCGGAGCCUCUCGCUGCUUCUAGCUCUGGCGAACUUGCCUCAAGGGGUGCGUCUGCAUCUGCUGCUGCUACAGCCGCGGCUUCUGGCGCUGCUCCUUCCGCAGCAGCAGCAACAGCAGCAGCAGUAGCAGCAGCAGCAGGAGCGCCUGCCGUUCGGCGAAUCUCCUCAGCAGUAGGAAUGGCUGCAGGAGGUUCGGGAGGCGCCGGCCGGUCUGGUCCGGGCUCGGGCUCGGGUCUGGCCCCGGGAAGCCGGGUGUUAAGGAAGAUUAGUACCUCUCCCAUGAGAGUCUUACAUGCUGUCAACCUGCCCCCUACCGGAUCAGCAGCAGGAGCAGCAGGGUCAGAGGGAGCAGGGGUGUUGGGAGGAGGGCGAGGAGGGGGGUCUAUGGGUAGAGCACGGGGUCCUGGCAACAGUAAUCCUGCUGCAGCAGCUGCUGCUGCUCCGUCUGGUGGUGCUGGAGGUGUUGCAGCUGCCGGGAGUGUGGGAGGGAGAGCGGCCACGCGAGUAGUGCCGUCGAGAGGAGGGCUGGUGCUGGGUGGUGUGGGUGGGGGAGGGGGAGGAGGAGGAGGAGGGGGAGGACCAGGAAGCAGGCCGGGGAGUUCUGGUAGUAUGCGAAGUGUGGGUCGGGGAGGUGGAGAUAGGGGGGCUGGCGAGGUGACAGGAGGAGGAGGGGGAGGAGGAAGGAUGAUGGUGAAGUCAGGGAGCCUUUCUGGCAGCACUGCUGGCGCCCAUGACUCGGUUGCGCGCAGUGACAGCAGCAGGAGCGAGGAGCAGAAGGUGCUGAGACAUCCAAGCCCACCAACAGGUACUGCUGCUGGUGCUGCCGCUGGUGCUCCCGCAGGAGGAAGGAAGAUGGCGCCUCAUGCUGCUAAUGGCGAUUCCGAUGGGGCUGCAGGUAGCACUGGUGCAGCAGCAGCAGCAGCAGCAGCAGCACGAGGGAGAGAAGGAGGAGGGGAAACUGGAGUAGCGGGUGGGGGGCAAGGAGCAGAGAGUGCAGGAAAGCUAGGUGGCAAAUCGGGACCUGGUGCGUCGAGUGCAGUAGCUGCAGCAGCAGGAGGAGCAGCAGGAGGAGCAUCGGGGGCGGGUGGAGCAGCCACAGGGGCCAGUGCAGGAGCCGGGAUGGUGGGGGCAGCAGGUGCUUCUAGUGUGGGACUGAUGCGGGGAAACAGCCUGCAAAGGGGAGGCGGUGGCCUGUACAGAGCAGGGUCAGGCGUGCACAUGCAAAUGCCCGUGAACAUGCCCAUGCACAUGCCCAUGCCUAUGGUCUUUCCUGGUGCUCGUGACAGCCGGGGAUUGCUAAGAACGGGCUCGGGUAUGGUGAUGCAGAUGCCUCUCCCUCAUAUGGUAGGGGGAGUAGCAGCCGCGUCUGCUGCUGCUGCUGCUGGAGCGAUAGGCUUUGGGGUGGGCGGAGCAGCAGGGACUGCUGGUGCAGGUGCGGGAGGGGCAGGGAGGGGUGCUGCUGGUGCGGGUGGUGCUGCUGGUGGUGCUGCUGAUAUGAACAAUCCGUUUCACCGCUCCACGUCCCUUGGAGUCUCGGAGGGCCGGCUUAUGGCCAGAGCUGCCGCAUUUGGCGGUGCCAUGAUGCGCCCCCCCAUCCACGCCAUGCACAUGCCUCCCCAUGCCGCUGCUGCUGCUGGUGGAGCGCUGGGAGCAGGUGCUGCUGCUGCCGUUUCUGGUGCGGCGGCUGCCGCUGCAGCACCAGGAGGGGCGUUCUGGCAACGCUCUCUCUCCUCAGCGCAUCAGCACAUGCAGGCUAUGCAAUAUGGCCAUAUGCCUGUGGCUCUGGGUCCUCUAGGCUUCCCCACGGGCCAUUCUGCGUCGUCCUUAAUGCGCCAUGGUAGUGGGCAGUUCUUCCAGCCCUGCCCUGUACCAGGCCUCAUACCACCUGCUUCUACUGCUGCCCCUGCUAAUGUGCCUGCUGCUGCUGGUGGUGCUCCUUCUGGCGCUGGUGCGGCAGCAGUGGGGCCUCCUGGAGCACCAGGCCAUACCCAGCAGCAGCAGCAGCAUCCCACCCAUCUCCCCUCCGGUGCCUCUGCCGCCGCAGCAGCCAUGACACAAGGCCUGGCUUGGAAACCCGCGCCCAAUGCUGCACCUGCUGCCGCUGCUGCUCAGAAUGCUGCAUCUGAGGCGUGGGGGAGAAGCAGCACAAUCGGAGCAUCUAGGCACGGCUUUAACUCCUCCCACUUGCCGCGUGGCAUGGGGGCAAUGGGUUUUGGAGCCAGUGCAGCCAUGAACAUGAAUGUGGGCAUGGGCAUGGGAGGUGGCAUGGGCAUGGGAGGUGGCAUGAAUUUAUCUCGGUCUAUGAGCAUGGAUCCUAUCCAAAAGGCCAAGUGGAAGCAGGGACUAAGGCUGCAUAUUCCCAAGGAUGGCAGUGACGAGGAGGGGGAGGGCGCCAGGGUCGCCAUGGGAGGGGCAGCAGCAGCAGCCCAUGCAGCAGCGUCGGCUGGGAGAGCAGCAGCAGCCGCUUCAGCAGUAGCAGAAACGCAGGCAGCAUCCGCAGCAGCGCGGGGGAGAGCAGCCGACACAGUAGCAGCAGGAGGAGGCGGCCUAGCCAAGGAACCUCCAAUCAUCCAACGGUUAGGCGGGCUCGCGUCAGGAGCACAAGGUCAGGGCGGAAACUCAGCAGCGGCGGGGAGGGGAGGCGUGAGUCUGUGGAGCCGUGUGGGGGGUGGUGGAGACCGGUCUCUGACUCGCGCCCAGAGCUGCAGCAUUGCAGAGCUGGACUUGGUGCCACCUGAGCUGAUGAAAACCACAUCCUUUCAUGCACACAGUGGGCAGGGGAAAGAGUUCUUUCUCCGCCAAGUCACCCUCCCCACCCAGCGCUCCUCCGCUGCUGCGGCUCCUGCAGCCGCCGCUCCUACCAUGCCUGCUUCGUCCGUUGCUGCACCUGCUACGUCUGCUACGUCUGUGAAUUCUGUUUCAUCGGCUGCUGCUAAUGGUAGUGGUGGGGUAAGGGUGAGCAGAAGAACUGGGUCAGGUGGUGGUGGCGGUGGCGGUGUCGGUGUCGGUGUCGGUGGUGGUGGAGUUGUCGGUGGUGGUGCGAGGAUGGUUGCUGCCCCUGCUGCCCCUGCUGCUCCUGCUGCUCCUGCUGGGAGAAAUGCACUGCCGGCUGCUGCAACAUCGGCAUCAGGAGCUGGGGCAAAGAAGGGCCAAGGCAGCUGUAGAAUCAGGAACAGUGGCAGCAGCGGCAGCAGCAGCAGCCAGGGAGGCAGCAGACACGAGGGUGGAGGUAGCAGCAGUGCUCUGAAAAGAGCGGAAGGCCAGAAGGACAGACGAGACCAGCAGCAGCACGGGAUGGGGACAGAGGGAGGUGAGAGAAUGAGGAAGGAGGGAGGCGAGAGGAGCAGUGAGGCUGGGGCUGGGGAGAGUCGGGCUAGGAGCUCUGGCAUCACACCCUCUCUCCCCCCUGAUUCCUCCUCCUCUUUCUCCCCAUCGUCUACGUGCUCCAGCCCCCCUCCCUCUGCACGCCGAGGGAGGAGUGUGAUUUUGGGCCCAGAGGGGAGGGACAGGAGAGGGAUGAGGGAAAAAGCAGCAGGCAUACCUGGGGUAGGCAGGGGACAGGGGCAGGCUCUGGCAGGAGGGGGAGGGGGAGGGGGAGGGGGGAGAGGAGCAGGUGGAGCGACAGGGAGGGGGAAAGGGGCGACUGCUGCGCAGAGUAGAGUGGCAGGGGAGGGAGGGCAGGUGGGUGGGAGAGAAAGGCCUUCUGUAGAGGACACUGCAUCCUCGUCGCUGCAGUCUGAUUAUGGUGAUGAGGAGGGGGAGGAGGAAGGGGAAGUGGAGGAAGGGGAGGUGGAGGAUGAGGGGACGAGUGUGGAGGACAAUAUCAGUGAUGGUGAGGAUGGGAUGUAUGGAGAUGGAGGAGAUGUAGGAGCUGGAGGGGACGAUGAUGGUGACGAGGAGGACGAAGGGGAGGGAGAUGAAGACGAUAGUGCGAGUGAUGGGAGGGAAGAGUGGGAGGGAGGGGGAAGUUGCGGCGAAGGUGGAAAUAUGUGUGAUGUGGGAAAGCAACGUGCAGACCGUGCUAAGCCAGUUGCCGGCACUUUUGGAUCGACUGGUGGUGUUGGUUUAGACAAUGCGGAUGGAAGUGAGGAUGAUUACGAAGAGGACUACUCUGGUGACGAUAGUUACACGAAUGGCUGAGCAAGUCCCUGGGAAGGACACCGCAUGGUCAUUCAGCCCAUGCAAGUGCCUAUUUUUCACGAGUAAAUCACUCUGAUUCUCUGAUUUUCAGAGUUGAUUUUGUGUACCACCCUUACGCCUCUGGGAAAAAAAUUGAGAUUAUACGUUUUCUCUGAUAAGCCAGGGUUUUCUUUUGUACCAUCCUGAGGGGUUUACUGGAAGGGGGAUACC